CUGCACAGCACUUCACCAUUUCCGAAAAUCGCAGCCGGCGGUUCCCUGCAAUUUCCGAUCAACAAUGGCGUCCGACCGCGAGAACGCCGAGGUGUACACCGGCAACGACAUCUGCAAGCGGAAGUCCAUGGAGCUGCUGGAGAAGAUGCAGCUCCCGAGAGGCAUGCUCCCCUUGGACGACAUCGAGGAAGUCGGCUACAACGAGGCCACCGGAUUCGUGUGGCUGAAGCAGAAGAAAAGUAAGACGCACGUUUUCCGGUCGAUCGAUCGGACGGUGUGGUACGACAAGGAGGUGACGGCGGUGGUGGAGAACCGUCGGAUGAAGCGCCUGACAGGUGUCAAGAGCAAGGAGCUCCUCAUCUGGGUGGCCAUCUCUGAUAUUUCCAUUCAGGACCCCAACUCUGGCAAAAUUACAUUCACCACCCGGACUGGACUUUCCCGUACUUUUCCGGUCUCCGCUUUCGAGGAGGAAGAAGACAUCAAGAAUUGAUCUUACAUAAAAACACAUAUCCAUGUUUUCAUCCACCAUCAAUAUAUAUAAUUAAUUAAUAAAAUAAUUCUGAAUGCUUCAGAAUCUCAGUGUUUUAGCUUCAUGACAGUACUAUGGUGACAGUACUAUGGUGUUAAUUACUUGUGGGGGUAUCUCUAUGCAAUAAAUUCACUUCUUAUAUACAGACGCAAA